GGAGCGCUUGAAACGAACCGAUGAAUGGCAAAUGCCGUCCCCGGGCCCCGGCUGACCUCUGACCUGGCAGCCAUGGAGCAGCAGCAGCGACUGCAGCCGCGCGUCCUGACAGCUGCCAAGGCCCGGCAGGACGGUGGGGGUGACGGCCACUCCCUGCUGUGCUCCGAGUCCAUGUUGUCCAGCAGCCCACCCGUGUCGGAGCCCCAGCAGUCCCCCACUGAGAGCGAACUGCGCCAGGUAUGGAGACAGCCCGAGGGAUCCCCACAUGGCUCCAAGUCCUACACUCCCUCUCAGCUGUCGCAGGGCGCUGCCGCCAAGUCCCCCUCCAGUCCCCGGCUAACCAUGCACGCAGACACAUCCCUUGGCAGAGACUACGUCAGAACGCCCACCAAGCUGAAAAGCGGGGAGAGGAACAACGAAUGUUUGCCCCCGAAGAAGCGGGAAAUCAUCAGCCCCGCGAAAGAGAUGGACACCCAGAAAGAGGAGGAGAGAAUGCGAUCGAUGCCAGGCAUGGUCACGGUGUCGGUACCGACCACGUACACCCCCGUUCUUGGCACAGAAAACCCUCUAAAUCGGUUGGCCGACGUCGCUAUUAACAGCGAGAGACACCUAACAAGCACGCAUGGCCUAGCACCGUCCACUGCAUCUCUGGAAGCGCGGAGUAUAGCGCAGCUUUCUGGAGAUGCAACGCCCGCAUCUUACCCAACCGCACCUUAUUCAUCCAUCUACUCCUCCACAGCGUCACUUCCAUCAGCUAAACCCAGUUCCUCCCUCGUCCCUUCCACCGCUACGAUCGCGCCCGGAUCAGUACCAGCCACCGCCCUCCCCACAUCCGGCCCGUACGUGGGAGCGCCCUACCUUGGGCCAUACUGCUCCUCCGGGUAUCUCCCCUCUGCAUUCGGACAGUAUCCGCAGAUCGAGUCGUACUCUGCCAUGCUGGCUACCAUGGGAAACCACAUCCAGCAGGCACAGGGCCAGGGUAACAAGCCGCCCCUUGUACCCUCACAGCUGGGCAUAACACGGCAGCUGGAUCCGGCAACCUCUGCAGGGACAUCUGGUCAAUCUCAGCUCUACAUGGCCCAGGAAGCAAAUCCAGAACAACCUCCAGUACCUACAAGUAAACCGUCAUCGGAUGGUCUUGACCGGAAAAAUGGUAUUCAGGUGUCCCAUGCGGGAACAGGGGAGGCCUUGAUGCCGCCCUCCAACAUGCGGAAUGUUCUAACUCUCCAGACUGGCUCGCAGAAAUUAAGUCUCGGCGUACCGCAGGCAAGCAGUGGUGGGGAAACAGUCCUGUCACCCAACAGCGUGAAGACGUCUGUUUCCGAUGACGAUGUCUUCAAGAAGCCCGGCGCUGUGGUGAACCACGGCCGGGUGGUACAGGGGACUGGAAGUAGCAUUGUGGUAAACACUCGGACGCCAGGCAGCAGGAUGGACAGCACUUUACCGUGCGAACUCCCCUCUUGGCCAAACAUCAUACUGCCACAGGCCAUCGGGACACAGGCGUCCGCUGUGCAGUACCUCGACACCUUCUCUGCUACCUCCCUUCCCCACCUGUCAUCCACGAACACAGUCCACCCCAUCCCGUCCACCGUUCCACACCUAGCGAUCCCUCCUGGAGCCACCCUUGCUCCCAUCCCCCCGCCUGCACCUUCUGCCAUUGCUCUGUCUCACGGCAGCCAGGUGCUGGGCCACUUCAUGAAGGGCUCUGUGAUCCAGCUGGCAGGAGGGGAGCUGAAGCGUGUGGAGGACGUCACGACAGAGGACUUCCUCCAGAUGUCCGGAUCUGGCCCGACGUCGUCUUCGUCCCCGCAUCACGUCACGUCGAGCACGGUCGUGCGCAUCACCAUGGAGGACGGCUCCAGCGCGGGGCUUGUCCACAUCACCUUCGCUGUGGGCCACGACAAGAACCUGGUGACAGUUGAAUCCACAGUGGACCACCCGUUCUUCGUCGUGGGACAGGGUUGGUCCUCGUGCCGACCUGAACGGACUCUCUCCAGAUACAGCCUGCAGUGUCACACCCUGACCGUGGGCGACACCUGCAUAUCCCUCAUGCUGUCAAACAACGUAAACGGACUGAACCAAGAGCCUGGGAGGGCCAAACAGCAGGCCACGGAAAGUACCAAGGAAAGAACUGAUUUUCCCGGGUUAUCAUCAUCGUUAGCAUCACCUUCGUCACAAAAUAACAGAAUAAACAGAGUAGAACUGACGUCGUCGCAACAUCAGCAGGCUCACGACACCCACGGUUCGAAACACGCAGAUUCUGCUGGGAGUGAAAUGGGAACUGGAUUCGUCUUACCUCAUUCAGAAAUCCCUGGUGGUAACCAUGGACAACCACAUGCCGGCGCAGGCCCGCAGCAGUCGGCUCCAGGUAUGCUGCAGACUGCUGCGACUAUGCAACAACAACAGUGUGGCCCGCCGCACAUGGCAAGCCCACAGUUCAGUCACCACCACCACCAGAGGAACCACGUAGCGGUGCCCUCUAGCAGCGGCAGGCCAGCACUGCAGCACAGUUCACCACUGAUCCACGUGGGAGUGCCUGUUCUGCAGCAGGCUAACCGUGGCGCGUUGCCCCAGUAUGUCCAAGUCCUCCAGCCCGGGCCCGGAGGCUACAUGGCCAUCCCCGUCCAGACAUGUUCCGAACCGGAAGGACCACUGUCCACAACCGCAGGAGAGGGAGAGAAUGGAAGAUACGCCAAGACGAACGCUAAACUUUACGUAAUGCACAGCCAGGCGCCCUCCAGUGGUACUGCAGCUGUUUCAGACAGUAGACUCCCAAACACUGACGACAAUCUCGUACACAGAAAAGGUGACUCGGAUAGCACCAACACGCAGACUCAAAAAAUUCGGAAACGUCGCUGGUCCGCCCCGGAAACUGGAGACAGAGAAGAGGACGCGGCAAGCCCAAGUCGCCAGGCCCGGUCUGUCGCACUAGAGUCACUGAUAAAAUUUACGUCACAAAAACAAGGCAGCUAAAUGCCUUCACAGACUACUUCGCUCUCUUACAGUGUAGCAAGGCUUCUGCCCAAGAGUUCUUAAAAACCACAUCAUACAAGGUGCCGAGGAGCUCUGUGAAAGGAGUCAAACAUUCCAUGUCAGAUCUGCUGUAUACAUAAUGAACUUGUGCUGCAUGGGUAAUUCCCAGACUUGAACAUGAACAGUCGGAUUAUUUAACAAUAAGAAAUUCAAUGAUCCUAUACACAGUUUUUCUGCACAUCACAUUAAUGCAUCGCAGCACCCCCAUUGCAAUAAACACAUGAUCGAUACUCAUUAACAGAUUUAUUUAUCUUAUAAGACUGGGGGCGAUCAAAUUAAAUAAAGAAUGAAAUCUAUCCAGAGCCCUGCAACAGCCCAGUUUGUAGAAUUCCCAGGAAUUUCUGUCAAAUUUGUACAGGACUAAAUGAUGAAAUGGUGCCCAUUUACACAAUAUGCCAGCUUUGUCCAUAUGUGUUAGAUAUGCUUUGCUUACGUGUGUCAGCCAGACGAAAAUUCUACUCUGCAUUCAAAGUUAUCAAAUAUAUAAUAUAAUCAGCAAUAUGCCAGCCCUUCCUCUAAUUGAAUUCAAUGGAUGAUGGCUUGACACCAAAUGAAUUGUGAUACUCCCCCACCCCAGAUUGAAUUCACAUGAUUUUUCAUCUAAAAGUAUGUUUAAUCAUGGUGCUUUUCACUCUAACACACAACAGUUUAUACUGUGAUUAUCCCUUUAGAAUAUAGUCAAUCAGUACUUACUUAUAAGUACAAUGUUUUGGUAGAUAUCACACUUGUUAUUUUAGCUUUUCCCACGUGAAGAAAAUAUUUGCUUGUUUCAAAUAUGUUCAUAUGAUGACCUCUGGACAUAUGGGUGUCCAUAAAUUUAUUGAUUGUCUUGCUUAAUGGUAUAUUAACAAAUGUAUGAAUUGUGCAUUAACUGUACCACAAGAAACAAACACAUGUUCUGUAGUUCCAACUGUAUGUAUUUGUAAAUUUGAAAUCUUCAUCAACAGAGAAUGCAUUGUAUAUUUGCACAGGGACCCAUGCAUAUAUGAUCAGAUCAUAUCUGUUUAUGUUUUAAAUGUACAAGAGUACACUAGACAUGUAACCAUAGAUGGACAGUCACCGAUUGCAAUAGAACUGUAUCAACUAUGAAAGAAUUACAUACACAACAGUCA